AUGCCUGUUCCGGACUUCGACAGAGUCGUACAAGAGCUCGUAGCUGCAGCCCUGUUCGACGUGAAUCUGAAUCGCCAUGAUCUGGAGCAGUCCAGCCAGGCCUCAUCUGCCGUCAUCCCAGUGUUCAUUCGUCCAGUCUCAAUGCCUGAUUCGGGUAUUCUGAGCGCAUCAGAUAGUCGUUUGUAUCAGCGCAGCUCCAGCGAUGAUUUGCACCAGUGGCUAUCUCCGCUCGUGGCACGAUACAAUGACAUAUUCACAAACGUUCGUGUUCAGUCUAUGAAUAGGCUCCAAGCUGGUGGCAUGGCAGACUACGAACGUUGCCAGAGGAUCAUAUUCUACACAACACAGGUUUGUUUUGCAAUCACUCGCAGACAACUUCGUCGUAUGUGUCCAGCCGCGAAUAUGUCCGGAACUUUCUUUGACACCGCAAUGCGCGGAUCCACGACCAUUCCAUAUCAGACAAACACAUCAAGCAGUAUUCCACUCGACACGCAACAAUUAACCCGACUGUUCCUGGCUACCACACGACGUCUCACACGCCGACCCCCACCGGAUUGUGCUUGCCGUGUGACAUCAGCUGCCGAAUCACCAUACUAUGAUAGUAAUGAACCGAUACGCGGGGUUCCAUUAGCUCAGAUUGAACUAGAUGCACUAGACGAGUUGAUUCGUGAAGUUUGCUCACUCGCCUGGUAUCUUCUAACAGAGCAUCAGGCUGUCGCGAGUCGUUCAUUUGCCAGCGGUGUUGCACAUCAGAAUGGAUCCCUGCGUGUGUGGCACGUGGAUGUGGACCGGUCGGCGAAACCUGCCGAUAAGUACGAUCCGAAAUGUCGACCAAUUCACCCGGGCAAUCAGCAAUGCGGCAUGAGUUACUUGUCUAACUCUAUGGAUAGCAAUCUGUUGGCCUCAGUAUUGUCCAAAGGCGAAGCGUGUACUCGAAAUCCGCUGAACUGUGUGUCACAACAGGAUCGGGCAGCGGCCUUGUUGAACAAUGAAUGCCACGUGACCGGUUGUCCACAUCCGAUCAAUAAUGCAUCCACUAUGCAACCCACAUUGAAACGGAAGAAAAUAUGUCCCUUUGCUAGAGCUCGAAGAACUUGA